GAUCCUCGGCGCGCGUCCAAUCCGUACAUAGAGCCGGUGAGACCUUGCCCGCGUUGCAAGGACGUAUCGCAGCCCCUAUACGAAAACCUCCCGCCAUUUUCGAACGAACGCGAGCGCGGGAAAGUCCAUCUUAAGCACAGUAUAUAAACAAAAUUUUUAGUAAUAAAUCGCGAUAUUACGAAAGAGGUUUUAAUGUUCGCACUGAAACAAAACACUGUAGAUAACACAGAAACCUAAUAAUUGUGAGCGUGGACUUUUUUUCGUAUAUCAGACUGCCGUAUGCAAGAAAUAUGAUUUACUUAUGAUCAUCUCAAACUGUGACAACUGACUGCAAGAGGAACUUUCAUCACCAUGAUGAAAAAAUAUUUAAAAUGUUACAUAGUUCUACUAACACAAUUUAUAAUUAUAAAAGGAUUUCAGCUUAACAACAGUUCCUCAGAUGUAAGUCGGCAUCCACGUGGUCGUGUAGUAAAAUUGUAUUCUGGACCUAAGCCUGAGCCAAUCACAUGUAACAACGAAGGGUUCCUAUCAGAACCAACAGAUUGUUCAAUAUUUUACCGAUGCAUUAAAGCUCCAAGAGGCAAAUAUACAGUAGUUAAGUUUCAAUGUAGUCCGGGAACUGUCUACGAUCCAGAAAUUGAAACUUGCAACCAUCCACAGAAUACAAAACGAUCCGAAUGUAGAUCCAGUAGACCCCAUCAAUUUAUAACAGGUCCUAUAGAACAAUAUAAUGACAAUGAGAUAGAACCUGCUGUUCAUGAAAUUCCAUCCCCUAUUACCACUCGAAAACCGGUAUACGAAAAACAAACAUCAAUUCCAGAAUUACCGAGCACAUCUACAACUCUUCCUUCUCCAAUACCAAUUGCAAUACAAAGUCCAGGCUAUGGAGCGUACGUGCCAAUAAAUCUAGUUCAAAGUACGAUUCAGGCACAAACAAACGAAAUCACCAAAACAACGGUGCUCCAAACACCUAUGCCUUCAAUUUAUUCAACAUCCCAAACUCAAUGGACUCCACCUGCUAACCAAUAUGGAUCUACAACUACAGCCGCAAGAUUCAGUAAUGAAUGUAUACACGACGGUUUUAUGGGCGAUAGUGAAGACUGCCGUAAGUUUUAUAGAUGUGUCAAUGAUCAAAGAGGAGGAUAUCAAAAAUUUGAAUUUUUGUGCAGUGAGUCAACAAUAUGGGACGAUGAUAUACAAAGCUGUAAUCAUCCUUGGGCUGUUCGCUAUCGACGUUGCGGACAUGAUACAUCGUAUAGGGACUAUAGCCCUAAGCAUGAUGAAUACUAUUCUCAAAAAAAUAACAGCCUAAUCGAAGGACAACUAUCUGAUUUUGAGUCAAACAAGACAGAAAUACCCGUGAAGGUUGAUUUACCAUUUAGUACUGUAAACUCAAUCAGUUAUGGAGAACAAACAAACGUUGAUAAAAACGUGGCAUGGAUUGACAAAAGUAAUGUGAGUAAUACCAUACCAAACAGCCAAGAAAGGCAAACUUAUUACCCUAUUGUGGAGAAAGAAAAAGAUUACAUUACGCAAUCUUACGAAACAGUUACAAAGACAAGUUCUUAUAAACCAGAGGUGGCUUUACAUGACACAUCUUAUGAUGCCAAUCCACCAAAUUAUAAAGUACAAAAUAAUGCCUGCACCGAAUCUGGAUUCAUGGGUGAUCCGCAAAAUUGCAGAAAGUUUUACAGGUGUGUCGAAAAUGGAAGAGGUAGUUUUAUUAAGCAUGAGUUUCAGUGCGGUGAAGGCACAGCAUGGGAUAAAAAUAUUGAGUCAUGUAAUCACGUGUGGAUGGUUAAAGAUUGUGGUGAGAGAGGAAUUUCAAACAGUUUUACUUCCGAACGUAACGAACCCGAAAAUAUGCACACGACAUUAUCGAACACAAUAAAAGAUGACGUUGCAAGCGACAAUAAUGGUUACAAUAAUUGGAACGAUAUAGAAAAACAAAAUGUCUCAAGACCAACUACUGUGAUGCCAGUAGUUACUCAAAUACUAGAAGAACCUUCCAAAUUGAAUGAAAGUCAUGAAAUGUGUAAUUCUGUUGGAUUCAUGGCUAACCGAAACAAUUGUAAAGUAUUUUACAGAUGUGUAGAAAAUAGCAAUGGUGGUUUUACCAAAUUCGGGUAUUUGUGUGGCGAUGGUACUGCGUGGGAUCCAAGUAUCGAAGCCUGUAACCAUGUUGGGCAAGUAAAGCAUUGCGGACCCAAUAUUGAAAACCAAACAAUGUCAAGUAUUGCUAGCACCGAGCCAACAAUCAUUACCACUGUAUCAUUUGUGCAAACUACUGUGGAGUUGAGUGAUAAUAAGCCUUCGUCUUUGCCACCGUCAAAUAAUGACGAGCAUUUACAAGAUAACCAAUCAAAUGACUUUAACAAAGACCCGAUUAGGACUACAGAAAGAACUACGGUAAUAAAUAUGUCAAAUGUAACAGUCACUAGUUCUAAUAAAAUCAACUCUUGCGUUAACAGCGGAUUUAUUGGAGAUAACCUUGAUUGCAAAAAGUUUUAUAGAUGUGUAUCAAACGGAGAUGGGAGCUACAAACAAUAUGAAUUUUCUUGCGGUGAAGGUACACUAUGGGAUCCUGAAAUAGAAGCAUGUAAUCACGCAUGGGCUGUGAAAAAAUGUGGAGGUAGUAGUUACAAUCAAAACGAAGUUUCUACGUCACGCUCAACGACUACAAUAAAAAUUUCUAGUGAGUUCGAGAGUGAUUAUCCUACACAGGGUUACGACCAAACCCAAGUUCCCAUACAUAAUACUGUUGAUAUAUCUACCAGUAGCGUACCAGUUAGUGAUAAAGGCCUACAGUGUCAAUCUGCUGGAUUUAUGUCUGACAAAAAUGACUGUAAAAGAUUCUAUAGAUGCGUUGAAAAUGGAUUAGGUGGCUUUGAUCGUUUUGAGUUUUCUUGUGGGGAAGGAACUGUUUGGGACUCCGAAAUACAAGCAUGCAAUCAUGCAUCGUCAGUAAAAGACUGCGGUAUACCUAUUUAUAAUACCACCACAUCAUCUCUCGUUGAGAGUACACAAUCUACAGCUACGGUUCCUAUUGAAGUUAAUAAAAACUUAUCUGGAUCAGAAACAGAGUCUUCAACUACCAUAGAAAUACAGUAUACAAACAACACUUGUAAAUCUGAUGGAUUUUAUGGUGAUGAAUAUGACUGUAAAAAGUUUUAUAGGUGCGUCCAAAACCAACAGGGAGAUUUUUUGAAGUACGAAUUUAGUUGUGGUGAAGGUACAGUUUGGGAUCAAAAUAUACAAGCUUGCAAUCAUGCAUCUACUAAUAGUGCGAAAUGCAAAGGCUCAACUGAAACUUUAGUAACUACGGCAUCGCCUUCAGUUACCUCAGCCAGGGAACCGGGUAGCACUGAAAUUAACAAUACCUUGCACCCAGACGAAAAUUCCACACAAGAAAAUAACGAUAUAGCUGAUGUCAGUAAUACUUGUUCUGCAGAAGGUUUUUAUCCAAAUUCAAAAGAUUGCAAAAAAUUCUUUAGAUGUGUUAACAAUGGGAAAGGAUACAUCAGGUAUGACUUUAUCUGCGGUGAAGGUACAAUUUGGGUGCAAGACAUUCAAGCGUGUGACCAUGACAGUGAUAAUUUUACAUGCGGUACUAUACCAGUAACAGAAAAUGAAGUAACUUCUUCAACUCAAGCAACAACGUUUCAUACAGAUACAGGACAUAGUGAAGUAUCGAAGACUACGGAAUCUACCGAUGCUUCCACUGAUCGAAAUACACAAAGUGUAGAAUGCCAUUCUGAAGGGUAUUACGGGAAAGCCGAUGACUGUCGACAGUUUUACCGUUGUGUUCGGAACGAACAUGGAACUUAUACGAAAUAUGACUACAUUUGUAGCGAAGGGACGGCUUGGGAUGUCGAUAAACAAUCUUGUAAUCACAUCGAUUUAGUAAAACGAUGUCAAUCGACAAGUAUUCAAGAUGUGCAAUCUACAACUGUAAAACAAUACGAAGAGGAAUCGAAAACAACGGAAGCGAUAAUGCCAAUAAAAUCAACUACCUUAACUGCAGAAUCAACAUCUAUCAAAGAAGAUGCUUCUAUUAUAGCUGAAUGUAAUAGUGAAGGUUACUUUGGAAAUCAAGAGGAUUGCCAGAAAUUUUACAGAUGUGUAAACGAUGGGAAAGGUAAAUUUGUUCGGUAUGAUUAUAUUUGUGGGGAAGGUACUAUUUGGGAUCAAGACAUUUUAACUUGCAAUCAUCCUAGAGAUGUUAUAAAUCGAUCAUGUGAUAAUAAAUCUACAAGUGCAUCAUCACCUGAAAACACAGAUGCUUCAACUCAAUCGACAACGAGUGCACCCUCAUCUACUCAAUCGUCCUCAACUCCAUCAAUGGCAACACAAAGUACGACGAGUUCUAUGACGACACAAACUGCAACCACUUCAACAACGACCAAAUUUUCUGUUUUUCACUUUGAAUGCGGAGAAGGCACCAUUUGGGACCCCUCUCUUGAUACUUGUAACUACGAGGAAUCCGUAUAUCCCCCACGUAACUGUAAUGCAACACAAUCACAAGUGAACAAUACCUCACAGACUACAACGACGGCGCAGACAACUACAACCGAAUCAACUACCUCCAUACAGUCCAGUAGUGAAACGACUAGUACACAAUCCACGAUAGCAGGAGCCCAAACUACAGAUCAACAAACAUCAACAAGUCAAACGAGUACUUCCACUACAACUCCAACUGAUACCACUUCUACAACUAUGACAACUACGGAUACAUCUUCCACAACUGAGCCUCCCACUGAAAGUACUUCUACCACAGUGAAACCAACUGAUACCACUUCAACAAGUUCUGAUCAAACAACAAGCCAACAAUCUACUACCGAUACGACUACAACUCAGAGUGAUCAAUCUACAACCACAACUGUAGAUACAUCUACAACUGAUAACACUUCAAGUACAUCUGAACAAACAACAAUGACUGAACAAACUAGUACUACCACAGAGGCGACAACAAGUACGACUGAACAACAAACAUCUACUACUCUUGAACAAUCUUCAACUGAACAACCCACUACGCAAACAACUCUUAGUGCAACAGAACAAACUACCUCACAGGGAUCUACUACAGAACAGCAAACAAGUACGGACUCAAGCACUGAAGUAACAAAUACUACAACUUCUGAAGCAACGUCAACUAGUACUGAAUCAACAACAGAAAACACUGAAGCAACUACAACACAAGGAAGUUCUACAGGCAAGGAUUGCCCAGAUACUGAAGAUGAUCAAUAUUUGUACGCUUGUCCAACAUCGUUUAAGAGACAUCCUAAGUAUUGUAAUCUUUUCUAUCAAUGUAUAGAGAAUAAUGAUAAUCAUGAACUGAAGAUAGCAACAUUCAAUUGUCCAAAUGGUACAAUUUACGAUGAAAGUAAAAUUCAAUGUGUCGAAGAAAGCAAAGCUUCGAAGAAAUGUCAAGGCGCUAUAGCUAAAAAUCGAAGGAUAAAACGGUUAAACCUCAAUAUCAAGGAAACGAUUACUGUAAACGAAAACAAAUAUGGGUGUACUGGAGAAGGUCAUUAUCCAUUUGAAAAGAAUGAAGAAUGUUCACCAGCCAUAUUGAAAUGUGAAGUUUCUAAAAGAGGAAAAUUACAAGGCUUUGUAUAUCGUUGCCCAGACAAUUAUGUGUAUUGGUCAGUGAGUAGAAGAUGCGAACCAAUAUUGAGGAUGGCGUCAUGUAAACAUUCUUCUAAUCAAUGGAUUGGGAGAUCAGAAAUUCCAAUUGAGACGAAAAAUAUCGCAUGAUAGUAAGAAAAUUAACUUUUGUAUUUAAGUGAAUGUAAAAAAUAUUAUAAACACAGCGAUAAAUUGGAAUAAUGAACAAAAUGCGCGUGGCAGUAGUCUGUACACUCAAUACGUAUUUUAUACAAAAUCUAGUCUGUUACUUGGUGACAAUUGGAUAAGAAUGUGAAAAAGACGCACUUUCCUCUUAAAAUUUGUCAUGACUAGCUAGUAAGGAUAAUUCGACUUGUGAUCAAGAUAUUGCAAAUUACUUACAUGAGAGCAAUAUUUUGAACACGAUUAAUUAGUUAUAUUUGUAAGUAGAUACUUAGGUACUUUAAAUAAAAUAAUGAUUUAAGAA